AACAUCCCAGAGCAACUGAUCGAGCUAGCGUUCAAGUGUUGGCGCCAUUUUUUUUCGAUAAAGUAGUGUCGGCGCCAUGACCGCAGAGUCUAGCUUCGACGUGAUCGUGCUGGGCGCGGGCAUCAUGGGCAGCUGCGCGGCGCACGCGGCGGCGUCCCACGGCGCGACCGUCCUGCUCCUCGAGCGCUUCGACCUGCUGCACCACCUCGGCUCCUCCAACGGGCUGUCGCGUACCAUUCGCGACGCCUACCCCAAGCCGCACUACCCGCCCAUGGUCCGCCUCGCGCGCCGCCUCUGGGCCGGCGCCGAGGCGGACGCCGGCUACCGCGUGCUCACCCCGUCGGCGCACCUCUCCAUCGGCCCGCGGAGCGACGCCUCGCUCCUCGCCGCCGUCAGGAACGGGGGCGGCGCGGAGGUGGACGUGGACGAGAGGUGGCCGGGCGUGUUCCGCGUCCCGGACGACGGGUGGGUGACCGCGGUGAGCGAGCUCGGCGGCGGCGUGCUCAACGCCACCAAGGCCGUCGCCAUGUUCCAGGCGCUGGCCGUCAGCAAGGGCGCCGUCGUCAGGGACAACACGGAGGUUGUCGGCAUCGCCAAGAAUACCACCGGUGUCCGAGUGGUAACGAGCAAAGGCGAGGAGUUCCACGGCGCCAAGUGCGUCGUGACGGUCGGCGCGUGGACGAGCAAGCUGGUCAAGUCAGUCGCCGGCAUGGACCUGCCCAUCCAGCCGCUGCACAUGCUCUCGCUCUACUGGAAGAUCAAGCCGGGCCACGAGCACGAGCUCACGGCGGAGGCCGGGUUCCCGACCUUCUCGAGCCACGGCGACCCGCACGUGUACAGCACGCCCUCGCUGGAGCUCCCGGGCCUGAUCAAGAUCAACUACGACAGCGGGCCGCCGUGCGACCCGGACAGACGAGACUGGAGCUCUGGGGUUGACGACGCCGCCGCGCGCGUCGCGCAGUGGAUCGAGGAGUUCAUGCCGGGGCACGUGGAGACGGCCGGUGGGCCGGUCGUUCGGCAGUCGUGCAUGUACUCCAUGACUCCGGACAAGGACUUCGUGAUCGACUUCCUCGGCGGGGAGUUCGGUCAGGACGUGGUGAUCGGGGCCGGGUUCUCGGGCCACGGCUUCAAGAUGGGGCCAGCGGUGGGGAUCAUCCUUGCCGAGAUGGCCAUCCAUGGCGAGGCGAGAACCGCCGCAGAGGCCGGGGUGGAGCUCCAGCAUUUCAGAAUUAGCCGGUUUGAGGGCAAUCCCACGGGGAACACCAACAACACCAAUGAGCAUUAACUAAAUCGUGGCUGCUAAUUCAGUGGUCAUGCUUAGUGUCAGCAGCACUCACUUGUAACUUGAGCAUAACUACUAUACUAAA